AUGGCCGCACAUAUUAAACCGCUCGUCUUACACGCCCACGCCACAGGUCCCAAUCCGAUCAAGAUCGCGAUUGCGCUGGAAUCGCUCCACGUGCCGUUCAUUGUCAAGUCGUGGGAUUUCAGCGAUGACCCGAACACUGGCGUGAAGGGAACCACAUUUCUCAAAAUCAAUGAGAAUGGACGGGUCCCCGCUCUCGAGGACCCGAACACGGGCGUUAUAUCUUGGGAAUCGGGCGCAUGUAUGAAUUAUGUUCGUCGGGUAUACGACCAUGGCAACUCGAUUGGUCCGCCUGGAGGCUCAGCACAAGACCUGGUCGAUUUCGAGAAGUGGGAGUAUUUCCUACUUUCGACCUUGGGUCCGAUGACAGGACAAGUCAAUUGGUUUAGACACUACCAUUCCCAGAAAAAUGACGAUGCGCUGCAGAGAUAUGUCGCCCAGACGUACCGGUGCUACGAUGUCCUCGAGGAGCAGUUGAAGAAAUCCGAUGGAAACAGUAUUCUUCCUGCUCGAGUGACUGCCGUGGACUAUCAUUUUGAGCCUUGGGUGAGGCAGUACAAGUUCGCCGGUCUGUCGUUAGACAACUAUCCUCUCAUCACCAAGUGGCUCGGCCUCAUGGAUUGCCUGGAGGAGGUGCAAGAGGCGUACUGCAAGAUUCAGAACUGCAUGAAGAAAUGA